CUUGAAAACCUUAAACCUUAAUCUACGCAGAGUUCUCCCAAGUCCCACCUUAAAACUCACUCUCUCUCUCUCUCUCACUGAGACACGCUCAAACAAGGAGUCUAUUUGUAUUGGAAAAAGCCACUGAGAAUGCUCUCAAAUUAGUUUGGAAACACAGAGAGACAGAGAGACACACUCACGCCACUCCUUUGCUGAAAGUUGAUAGCCAAGCCAAGUCCAGCCCAGCCCACCUUCGAUUUCAUCGAGUUUUGCUUUCUCCAGCCUCAUUACCUCUCUGGGUGUUCUGUUCUCCAUUAUUCAUCACUCUGUCAGAGAGAGAGAGAGAAAGAAGAGGGGUAUUGAAGGAGGUUGAAGGAACAAGGGGGACCUACUGCUUAAUUUUUGGCGGGCAGCAACGGUCACUGUCAAUGAUUUUGAUGCGGGUGGUGGUUGUGGCUCUCUCUAUGGCCCAUCUAAUCAAACUUUCAUCUUGAUCAACAAAAGCCAACACCUCCUCCUCCUCCUCGAGCUGAAUUUCUUUUGUUUGCUUUUGGUCAGAAAGGAGAGGAUUCGGUUGUGGCAAUAAAACCUUUUUCUUUUGCUGCUUCGGCUGAAGGGGAAACAACAGAUCUCAGUCAUAUGAGGAUAGCUUUUAUUCUUGUGGGUGUGCUUCUGGUACUUGCCGUGUUUAGUGAUGCUCCAUGGGCUGCCACAGGCAGCGCACAUUGCAAACCGACAAACUCUGGGGAAAUUCGACCUCACAGUGUCUCGAUUACCGAAUUUGGCGCCGUUGGAGAUGGGGUCACUCUCAACACAAAAGCGUUUCAAAAUGCCAUAUUCUAUCUCAAUUCAUUUGCUGACAAGGGUGGGGCCAAACUUUUUGUCCCAGCAGGCCGGUGGUUGACAGGAAGCUUCGAUCUCAUAAGUCAUCUUACUCUGUGGUUAGAUAAGGGUGCAGUAAUUCUUGGUUCAACAAACUCCAAUGAUUGGCCGGUCAUUGAUCCUCUACCAUCAUAUGGCCAAGGUAGGGAGUUGCCAGGUGGAAGGCAUCGAAGCCUCAUUUAUGGACGCAAUUUGACUGACGUUAUCAUAACAGGUGAUAAUGGAACUAUUGAUGGUCAAGGUGACAUCUGGUGGAAUUGGUUUAGGACUGGAAACCUGAACAAUACACGGCCCCAUUUGGUUGAGUUGAUGAACUCAACCGGGGUUGUCAUCUCAAACCUAACCUUCUUGAAUUCACCAUUUUGGACCAUUCAUCCUGUAUAUUGCAGCCAUGUUACUGUCCAGAAUGUCACAAUCCUUGCUCCUCAUGAUUCACCAAACACAGAUGGGAUAGAUCCAGACUCCUCUCAUACUGUUUGCAUUGAAGACUGUUACAUUAGCACUGGAGAUGACCUGAUUGCCAUCAAAAGUGGGUGGGAUGAGUAUGGCAUUGCAUAUGCUUGUCCAAGUACAAACAUUAUCAUCCGCAGGGUAAUUGGAGAGACUCGAAGUGCAGGGAUCGCAAUUGGCAGUGAGAUGUCUGGAGGUGUAUCAGAGGUUCAUGCAGAAAACCUUCGAUUCUUCAAUUCAAGCAUGGGUAUCGUAAUAAAGACAUCUGCUGGAAGGGGUGGUUAUGUAAGAGAUAUCUACAUAUCAAAUGUGACUUUGGUCAAUGUAGAUAUAGCUAUAAGAUUCAUCGGUCACUACGGGGAGCACCCGGAUGAGUUUUAUGACCCAAAGGCUCUCCCUACAAUAGAAAGGAUAACUGUCGAAAAUGUUGUAGGAGAGAAUAUUAAAUAUGCAGGCCUCCUUGAGGGUAUAGAAGGGGACAAGUUUCUCAAUAUUUGUCUAUCCAACAUUACCCUUAAUGUAACUUCAGAAUCUCCAUGGAACUGUUCUUAUAUUCAAGGGUAUUCUGACUUAGUUUACCCAAAAACUUGUGAGUCACUCGGGGAGAUACUCUCUCCUAGGAAUUACUCAGAUUGUUACCAGCUAUCAAAUCACUUGCGUAGUUCAAGUAAUCAGAAGACAGGUGCUUGGUUUCUGUCUUGGUAAAUAAAGGGGAGUAUAGCAUUUCCUUGGUUGUAGAACCGCCUUCUGUGAAUGUCCAAUAUAUGUUGAAAAUUUGAUUCUUGCCAUUUCAUAAACACAACUACUGCCUUGCUGAGGAAAUGACCGCCUGAGAUAGGAAGAUGAGUGGAGUUGCUGAUCUGCGGCUGUUUGCUUUUGAGAUGAGUACAGAGAGAUCAUUGUUUCUUGUAGCUUUGUGUGCAGUAACAAAUAAGUGAGUGAUUUAUCAUAUAAUUGGAAAUAGAAUGAAUUUGUUUUUAA